AGGAAGUUGUGCACAGAAGGAAGCUUUGGUAUAUUCUCUCGCUCUCGGGAUGAAUAAUGUAAUUGUGCUGUUUAAAGAAAAAUAUAUUUAGACAAAACCCUUCCGUAAUUUUUGUAUAUUCGUAAAAUCCCAGUCAAACGGAAUAUUAUGAUGGAUGCUACUCCAAUUUUCCAGUCAAGAUUUUUAAAAAUGAGUGAGCACACUGUAGAAUGCACUGUGAAACGACCAGUGGCCCUGCAGAUGGGAGAUGUGAAGACCGACAUGUCCAGGCCAGGGAUCUUUGUUAUAGACGUCACAUUUCCACAGGGUCAGACUGUCAAUAUACAAGAAAUUUCUUUUAAGAACUAUUACACUGCCUUUCUAACGGUGCGCCUCCAGAGACAGGACCCUGAAUCUCCAGAGAAUGCUCUGAAGUGGAUUACUGGCCUGAAAGACUGCUGCCUUAUGCCCAAUCCACACACUGAGAGAGGAUCCCAGGAUUACUUCUCUAUCUAUAGACAGCAGAUGCUUAUUGAACCGGAUGAUGUGACCUCAGUGCGUCUCAUCUUGAGGCAGCCCUCUUCAUCAUGGCUAACCUUCACUCUGGAAGAAAUUAAAAUCUUUGAAUGUGUAAACGAGGAUUCAAAAAAUAACUUUCCAUCAUGGUUUUCAAACCUUUCACCUGUUGACCAAUCUCCAGAUUUGCAAGAAGGAAUACCUGAUCCCAAAAAAGUGUCAUCCAGUAUCCAGCAAAUGUGGGCCUUAACAGAAGUAAUGCAGACCAAUCAGACCGCUGCACGCAUAGGCCGCUUUGAUGUGGAUGGCUGCUAUGAGAUCAACCUGCUUUCAUACACAUAACUUGGAAAUUCAUGAAAGAGAACAAUUUGCAAACACAGAAGCUGUAUCCUGUGGUUAAAACUGCCCUAGAGGGGGAGAGUUUGAUGGAUUCUAAUUCUGCUUUUUGUAUACUGUAUACUGUAUAAAGUCAAAGUUAGCUUGCUCUUAAAACAACACCAUUAUCUCCUAUUGCUUAUAUACUAUAUGUAAAAAGGUAGAAUUAGAAGUCCCUUUAGACAGUUCUGCUUCGCUCUACAUUGUGAUAUGGCAAGAGCUAUUAAUAUUCAUUCUCUUAAUUCAUAUAUUUGUAGUGUUUCUCCUUCAGUUAGACAUUUGCUAAUUGAAUGUUUUGUCGCAUUUGCAUUGUGGAACUUGCAUAUCAACAGAAAUGCUUGCUCACCAGGCAGGGCUUAAAUUGUGAGUCCUAGAGUAAUUGGAUGUCUUAAAUUGUGGUUUCGCUUACUAGAUUUUUUGUUCCUUUGACUGAAUGUUAAUGUUAAAAAUGUAAAAAUAAAUUAUUCCUUCAUAGAGAUGUAUGCAAGAAGUAAAUAAAUUAAAUCUGCUGGCUGUUUUAUCAGA